AUGACACAAGACACAAGACGCAUGGGAGAAUCAACCAAGAAGACUACCUGGCAUGUCUCGAGGAAGGGGUACCGCCGAGGAAACCCUGAACUUGACGUUAGCUCUUAA